UCCAACAUGGCGGACCGUUCGCCUUCUGCACAGCAUACUUCCAUUUUGAUUCUACAAGCUUGGAGAGAGCGCUGGUCCCCGCUACAAUGGACCUCAAAAUUAAGACGAACUCUUGUCGAAGAUGGGGAGCUAACAAAAACGCUGCCAGUUGCAUUGAUUGAACAAGCGACAUUUGGAAGUACACCAAAUACGUUGCUUUUGUCCUAUAUCAAAUACGCCGCGAUAAACAAGGUAAUUCCGUUUUCGUCUGUGCUUAAAGCUAUUGAACAGUUUGAAGAUGUCCAAGAGCCAUCGCGAUGUCGAACCCUUCUUGCACUUUUGGAGCUUCUCGCCGACAUCAUUACAAAUAUUAGCUGCGAUGGUGAUAAAGGUGAUUGUGUCGACCUGUCUGUGGCGUUGUCUCACAUCUCGUAUUGGACGCUAAAUUGCAUUGUGAGACUUCUCAUAUCCGUUGUCGAAUCCGUGAUAUCGCCAGAUGACUGUCAAGCUAUCUCCGUGUGUUUUACAAGUGUCAAGAAAUGCAAAGCAAUUAUCACAGAAUUGAUUGAAAAUACUGUUCUCCGCAGUCUCGUGAUUAUUGGCAAGAGACAAGAUCAGUACGCAAGUAUGGCCUGGGACCAUCUUCUCCAGUCCAGCCUGCAAAACCUUUCAGCAAGACAGGCGCAAGUGUUGGUGAACACGGAUGAAACAAACGAGGUCCAGGAACAUCUCAAGGUCUUAGUUCAUGACAUCAAAAGACUUCAAAGCUUAUCCCCCAGCGGUGAAAGACUUCCCGGUAUCGUCCCAAACCUGGCUGUUCAUAUUUUGACAUAUGCUCAGACCUUUCUCUACCCUGGCGAUGAAUUUGACCAAAUGUGUAGUCUGGCGGAUCUCGUGUUUAGAACACAGUGUUUGACUCGGACACAGUUCUACACCGAACUUGUUCGCACGUGUCUCGUGAAUUUACUUCAAUCCAGUACCUCACAGGAAGAUGCCUUCUGCUACAGUUACCUUUACCACAAGAUUCCAUAUCUUAUCUUGGAAACGGAAAAGAAGCAUAAUUUUGGGGUCGAUCCUGUCGUCAUAGUGACAGUCUUGCAACAGCUUCUUCAGUUCACCCAGCUGUGGGAUUGCGUGGAUAUGAAAUUAGGAAUGAACACGUAUGACACCGUCUGUCAGCAGUAUAUCGCCAAAAUGCCGCUACCACAAAUACAACAGUACUACGCGCCUUUGAGAAGUAAAAGGGUAAUACCAGAAAAGAUCAGUGCUGUAGAAGGCCAAACAAGAUCUCCAGUACAAACCUUCAUAGCUGUCGAAAACGAAUUAAACAAGAUUUUGCAGAUACUUGGUAUGGAACAGACGAAGAACAGUGCUCAUGUGAUCAAAACUUUAGUUAGACCUGAGAACCUCCUUUGGAUUUCCCUGGCUGCUGUAAACACAGGAAAACUGAAGGAAUUCAGUGGUGCAGUACUCAGACUUAACGAAACAGCUGAAUCGUGUCGAGCCGAUAUCGAGGACGAAAAACUUGCUGAUCACAGAAGCGAGCUGUUCCAUCAUUCUUUCGUUAUCUUAUGCUACAUCGUUGUCAAUUUCGGCAAAAUGGCUGUUCUAAGCUCAGCGGACAACAGUGGCUGGGGCUUCUUCGUUCGUUGGGUUGGACUGUGUAUAACCAAUAACAUGGAUCAGCCUAUUGCCAACGUGAUUACACCUUGUGUUGAUAAGUCUACCGUGGAUGAUAUUCUAGAACAAUUUCUGAGGGGAAAGCUGCCAAAACUGAGUACGACCCACUGGGGAAGAUCUUGUUGGAACGUCUGCCAAGCUGUUCACGAACUGCUCACGUGCGCUACACCAUUGCCAGACUCUUUUAAGAAAGUUUGUAAAGAUAUGGUGCAGACUUGUCCAGCUCUCGCGGUUUGUGUCCUUGUCUGGCUCAGUAGUUACAUUCUCCGCUUACCAUCUGAGGAAAGGGAAAAACCAUUCAGCCUUCUGGACAUGCUAAUAAACCCAAUAACCGGCACCGUACCACGCACUUUUCCUCUAUUGGAAAUCUUAAUCGAUAAAUUGAAAAUCGAUGUGCGUCGCAAUACAUCCCUGAAAACUGACGAGAAGGACGUCACGAAGACAAUGAGCAAACUGUUGUCAAGUUCCAUUCAAAAUGGCGCCGUGAACAUGAAAUCGGUUAAUAAAUUUCGCAGUAUGAUGAAUUCUGCUGGUCCGAGCGGCUUUGCAGAUGUAAUCUUGAAGGAGUUGUUGAGUCAAACACGAAAGGAAGAUGUGAGAAAAGCAGCGGACAUUGGUUCAAUGUUGGUAUUAUUGGAUCCUUCAUCUCUCUCGCUGUCACUGCUUGCUUCGGUGAAGUCUCUUAUACAACAGCCAAAGGCUGACUUCACCCUGGUAGACCCUGUGGGCUGGGGACUAGCGCGUCUUCUAUCGCAUGCGACCGCGAUCGGUUUGCUCCGCGAAGAUCCAUCUCAUAAGAAGUACGACGACGAGGAUAAUGAAAGACCAUUGAAGCUUCAACGUUUUGACGAAAAUGACAAAUUGUGGACCCCGAAGUCGAUCAUACAGCAAGGAAUAGUAACAUUGUUCGAGGAGUUUUGUCAUUCGUUAAAUCGGAGAGAGAUCGGGGCUCGGGCCGCGUUCGUGAUGUCUUUUAUGGAGCAAGCAGUCUCGUGCACAGGCCUCUUCUCAUCGCCUCUUUUAACAUGUCUGCAACCACAUCUGAUAGCCGAAGUGUUAUCGUAUGUCCCAGGCUCCCUACCAGCGGACUAUUUACUCGGUCUGUACGAUCUGGAGUCGGUUGAAGGGCGGGAACUUUGUGCAAAGGCAAUUUGUGCUACAGUGAGAACGUGAGACAUUCGCGUUAGCUUGUUGCCAAUGUCAUUGUAAAUAGUAAAUAACAUCUCAUAGUUGAUCUCAAUACGUCUGUGUGCUCGGCUACUUUUGCUUCAAUCUCAACUUUGCCGUUGGAUACACUGAAGCCCUAACCAAACAUGUUUCGUGAAUUCGAACAAUUAAUCUUUGCCGGUAUUUGUGCAAUUUAUUAAAUUUGUAUGCCAUUGGUUCCAAUUACCUGAAGAAUGCUUCGCUUAUUGAGACAUCCUCCUGGGUCGAAAUUAUUCGGCAACCUGUAAGCAUGUGCAGAGAAAUCCCUCAGCAUUUGAGCCGCAACAACCCCCCU